AUGGCAUCUUUCAUGAGUAGGACAGCCCUUUUCCUCCUCCUUUCCGCCGUGGCCUUGUUCGCGGCCGAGGCCAUCCCGGCCUCUCGCAACUUCCACGUGGUCCAGCACCGCCUAGACCUCGCGGCGGAAAUCGGCAAGUUCUGCCAAAGCACCCAAAACGCCACUCUUUGCACUAAAAUACUCCAACCAUACUUUGAAGGCAUUCACUUCGACCAAUUCAAGGCCCUUGACAUCACCCUUGACGCCACCAGUGAACAAGCCAAGUUAACCCUGGCCGCCAUAGAUAGCUUGUUCUUCAAGAAAGGUCUAUCAAAGUCGACAAAGGACUCACUCAAGAUUUGCAAGGAUCAGUACAAGAGCAUCUUGGGUUCCAUCAAGGAGGCCAAAGCUAUGGUGGCUACCAAAAAUGUUAUCGAGGCAAAGUACAAGGUUUCCGCUGUUAUCUCCUUCUAUGAAGCGUGCAGCGACUCCUUCGACAUUGGCGAGACGAUCCCUUUCGCCGCCCAAUCUGAACCCGUUUUCCAGAUUGGUGGCAACUGCUUGGACAUUCUUGCUGCCAUGGAGAAAGCUCUUCCUGCUAGGCCUGUUGUCAUGAACUCACCUCCUUCUCCAUACAGCAACGUCAUUGGAACCAUCUCAUAA